AGACUGAAACUGAAAGUGCACCACCACCUCCAGAACAAAAAACACCGCAGGAGGGUGGAACUGGAAAGGGUAAAGUAUGGUCUAUUGGAGAAGGAGCUCCAGAAGAGACAGAAAAACGCGAUGACUCCCAAAGAUCCACUUUGUUUGUCGAGAAACCUCAGAGUGGUUCAGUGAGCGUGGGUGGGAAUAUUACAUUUAUAGCCAAAGUAGAAGCCAAAGAUCUUCUCCGAAAGCCAAAUGUUAAGUGGUUUAAAGGAAAAUGGAUGGACCUGGCCAGUAAAGCAGGGAAGCACCUGCAGCUGAAAGAGUCCUUUGAGCGUCACACUAAGAUUCACACAUUUGAGAUGCAUAUCAUUCAAGCUAAGGAAAACUACGCAGGGAACUAUCGCUGUGAAGUAUCUUAUAAGGACAAGUUUGAUAGUUGCUCUUUUGACCUUGAAGUCACUGAAUCUUCCCAAGCUGCUCCAUCCAUUGACAUCAGAUCUGCUUUCAAAAGAAGCGGUGAUGGACAAGACGAUGCAGGAGAACUUGACUUUAGUGGUCUCCUGAAACGUAGGGAGAUUAAACAGCAAGAGGAAGAACCUGAGGUAGAUGUGUGGGAGCUCCUGAAGAAUGCGAAUCCCAGUGAAUAUGAAAAGAUUGCUUUUCAGUAUGGUAUCACUGACUUGAGAGGCAUGUUAAAGCGUCUGAAGCGCAUGCGCAGGGAAGUGAAGAAGAGUGCAGCUUUUGCCAAAGGUCUUGAUCCUGCAUAUCAGGUGGACAAAGGAGGUAAAGUAAGGUUCAUGGUGGAGCUAGCAGAUCCAACAGUGGAACUCAAGUGGUAUAAAAAUGGCCAAGAAAUACGACCAAGUGCAAAAUACAUUUUUGAGCACAAAGGUAACCAGCGAAUUUUAUUCAUCAAUAACUGUACGAUGACAGACGAUGCUCGCUAUUACGUAACAGCUGGUGAUGAGAAAUGCUCCACAGAACUGUUUGUGAGAGAUCCUCCAAUUUUGGUGACCAAAGCCCUGGAGGAUACCAGUACCUAUGUUGGUGAACGAGUGGAACUGAGCUGUGAAGUGUCUGAGGAUGAUGCAAAUGUGAAAUGGUUUAAAAACGGUGUAGAACUUACCAAUGAACCUAAAUCUCGGUAUCGAAUCAAGGUUGAGGGUAAAAAGCACACUUUGAUCAUAGAGGAAGCUGCAAAAAAUGACAAUGCAACUUACUCAGUAAUGACAACUGGAGGCCAAUCAGAAGCUAAGCUUUCUGUUGAUUUGAGACCACUGAAGAUAUCACUUGCACUAGAAGACCAGACGGUGAGGCUUGGACAGGAAAUCCACCUGAAGUGUGAGAUAUCUGAGAACGUGCAAGGGAAAUGGUACAAAAAUGGGCAACUGGUCGAAGCUAGUGACCGUGUAAAGCUUUAUCACAAAGGAAGAAUCCACAGAUUUGUUAUAGCAAGCGCUGCUGUUGAUGAUGAGGGUGAAUACAUGUUUGUACCAGAUGCCUAUAAUAUUAAUAUUCCAUGCAAAGUACAUGUUGUGGAUCCUCCUAAACUCCACCUGGAUGGUCUUGGGGAAGACAACACUGUGACAGUAGUGGCAGGAAGCAAACUUCGACUUGAGAUCCCCAUCACUGGUGAACCAACUCCAAAAGUCAUGUGGAGUAAAGGGGACAAGUAUAUCACAGACAGUGGAAGAAUACGGGCAGAAACAUACCCAGACAGCAGCUGUCUGGUCAUUGAUACAGCUGAGAGGGAAGAUUCAGGUCCGUUCAGAAUAACGUUAAAGAAUGAGGCUGGAGAGGACACAGCUCUAAUCAACAUUAAAGUGGUUGAUGUCCCUGAUCCUCCUCAGGCACCAAAUGUGACUGAGGUGGGUGAAGACUGGUGUGUUAUGACCUGGGAACCUCCAGCAAAUGAUGGUGGAUCACCCAUCUUAGGAUAUUUCAUUGAAAGGAAAAAGAAACAAAGCUCCAGGUGGAUGAGGCUGAAUUUUGAACUGUGUAAAGAAACAACUUUUGAGCCAAAGAAGAUGAUUGAAGGUGUUGCUUAUGAGGUCCGUGUAUUUGCUGUUAAUGCAAUAGGCAUUUCCAAACCAAGUAUGCCUUCAAAGUCCUUUAUUCCUUUAGCUGUUACCAGUCCACCAACCCUCCUGGCAGUGGAUGGAGUGACUGAUACCUCAGUUACAAUGAAAUGGAGGCCACCAGACCACAUUGGAGCUGCAGGGUUAGACGGCUAUGUUGUAGAGUACUGCUUUGAAGGAAGUAAGUGCUCUCACUUUAAGGCAGAGUCUAAACAGUCAGAAAACCUCAAGCACCAGGGUUUUGUUCAGGCUUCCUUUGAUGGAUUCUCACAAGGUAUAUCGACAGAUGUGUCUGAGGAUUUGGUGGAGCCACCUUCUAACCUGGAAGCUGAUAAAUGGAUCGUGGCUAACCCGGAGCUGACAGACAAAACGAAGUUUACUAUCAAUGGCCUGCCGACUGGCGCGAAAAUCCUUGUGAGAGUAAAAGCUGUGAAUGCUGCUGGUGAGAGUGAGCCCAGGUACCACCCACAGCCUAUUUUAGUCAAGGAAGUGAUAGAACCUCCAAAGAUUCGUCUACCAAGACACUUAAAACAAACCUAUACUCGAAGAGUUGGAGAAACUGUGAAUCUCGUUAUUCCUUUCCAGGGAAGACCAAGGGCAAAAGUAUCAUGGCAGAAAAAUGGUUCUCCUAUCGACAAGAACCAAAUCAACAUCCGCAACACUGAAAAUGACACUAUCAUCUUCAUCCGAAAGGCAGAAAGGAGCCACUCUGGAGAAUAUGACAUGAAAGUGGAAGUAGAGAACUUGGAGGACAAAGCUACGAUAGAUAUUCAGAUUGUUGAUCGCCCAGGCCCACCAGAGGUGGUAACUAUUGAGGACGUCUGGGGAGAGAAUGUAAAUUUAUCGUGGAAGCCACCAAAAGACGAUGGCAAUGCUGCCAUUACUGGGUACACUAUUCAAAAAGCAGAUAAGAAGAGUAUGGAAUGGUUCACAGUAGCUGAGCACUACCACCGCACCAGUGCCACCAUUAACGAGCUCGUCAUAGGAAAUGAGUACUACUUCCGGAUCUUCGCUGAAAACAUGUGCGGCCUCAGUGAGGAUGCAACGAUGACCAAAGAAAGCGCUUUGAUUGCAAAGGAUGGUAAAGUCUACAAAUACCCAGUUUACGACGAUUUUGACUUCAGUGAACGGCCGUUGUUUACUCAGCCUCUAGUCAACACAUUUGCUGUAGCUGGUUACAACGCUACUUUGAACUGCAGUGUUCGGGGCAACCCCAAGCCCAAAAUAACCUGGUUGAAAAACAAAGUCAUUAUAAUGAAUGACCCAAGGUACCGAAUGUUCGGCAACCAAGGUGUCUGCACCUUGGAGAUCCGCAAACCCAGUCCCUAUGAUGGAGGUACUUACACCUGCCGAGCAGUCAAUGAACUUGGAGAGGCAGAAGUUGAUUGCAAACUGGAAGUAAAAGGUGGGCUUUCGUUCUUCAGACUAUUGAUGGAUGGAGUGCCUCCGCAUAUCAUUGAUUCAUAUAUGCGUGAAGUACUGGCAGACAAAACUGAGGGGAAGUGA